GCGGUUGCAUCAAUUGGUGGUUAUGACUCAAAUACCGCUCUCAAUCGCGCUUCUCGCCUUUCGUCACUAUCAAUCUCGACCGGACUUGGGGACAUUCCAGCGUUUUCCCUGCACACUUCCGAAGUUGGGCAGCAGCAGCUUCCGAGUUACCAUGCACGUCAUAUCACUGAGGGUUCAAUUGGCGCUUCAAGUUUGGUGACCAAGUGAGUUGGUUGCCACGAUGAUUCAUGUAUCGAUUUUGCGAGACAAACUUUGUACUCCGGUUUCCUUCACAAAAAAUUGGAGUUGUUUGAGUAGCGCUGGAUUUGUUUGCGGUUCCAAUUUGUCCCAACAUUUGCAUUUAAUACCAUCACCGGUGUUGUUGUACUAAACAUUAUGAUUCAAUUACAGGAGCCAACAUACUACUGGUCGUGUUUGUGGUCAUCGUGCGUGCCGUGGAUUGUCAAGGGCCAUCGUGUGGCUAUGUACCUAACGGAAAACAGCAAGAAAACGAUGACAACAUGAUGAAAAGCCAAUCGGCGGUUGUUGUCAACGAGAUCCAAAAACGUAUGGAUGGCAUUAAAGAGCUUACUGAGGAAUAUUUGAACAGUCACUUCGGUGAAGAUAUGGAAACAUUCAACAGGCAGUGGAACCACCCGGAUGUGAAACCGUUAGACAUUUCCCUAGUCUGGAACUUCCAGGAUCGUCCCGAUAUAACACGCAGCGAGUACACCGGUCGAGUCCAGCAGGUGUUCGUCCCGUUCAACAGGAUUCUGUACCAUCUGGGAAACAUCACCGAGCAUGCCAAAACCUCCGCCAACACGAUCCAAAGUACAGACAAGCAGGCAGUUGCUAGUAUCCGGUCUGGAAUCAAGAAACGGCUCAACAGUGUGCUGUGCCCAAUGUACCAGUAUCUGGCCAUGGCGGACAGGGAUCUUCACAUUGAGACAGCGCAGGAAAUCGACCAACAUGCACACAAUUCAAUUUCACUGGAGGAAGAAGUCGAGUGUGGAUUGCUGUUCGUUUAUCUUACGAAGACUAUGGACUGGUUCUUCAUCUCGUCGCAAUUGUUUGCCAACAGUUAACACAUUCCAACAAGUAACAUUUUUUUUAAACUAAGAAAAGUUCGAA